ACUAAGUCUAAGUGCAAGAGCUGCACAGACAUUUUGUUACAAAGCCCGGUGAUGUUGAUAUAUGAUACUCUGUCUUCACUGACUCCUUGCUAUUUUUUACAGUUGGUGACAGCUUCCGAUCUCUUGAGCUAUUCAAGGCAGUGUUUUACUCAGUGUGAACCUUCUACACCUCUAACAUGACCAGUGCAACUCUAGCAAACAGGGCCUUUACCAAUAUUUGUCUCGGUCUUGGCCAGCAAGUGGAUGAAGAAGAUUUUUGUGACCUCAUUGUGGUGGCUGGGCAGAAAGAGUUUCCUUGCCACAGAGCGGUGCUGGCUUCUGUGUCCUCAUUCUUCAAGACCUCACUAAUGCCGUGUUGGAAAGAAUCUUCUAGCGGACGAGUUGAAAUCACCCAUGAAGAUGUUUCUCCGGAGUCAUUCGGAUUUUUGAUGGAUAUCAUUUACAAGGGACAGAAUGUGGUUAGAAAUGAAACCGCAAAGGAUAUUCUCAAAAUGUCUGUUUAUCUGCAGAUUAGAUUUUUGGAAGUAUACUGUAUAGAAUUUAUUAAAGAAAAGCUUGAACCGGAGAAAUGCUUGGGAAUGUGGAUGUUUGCCGAGAAGUACGAUUUAGAGACGCUUGAGAAGGAAUCGUUCAAGAUGGCUGUUGAUCAAAUAUCCGUCGUCACUCAGAGGGACGAGGUACUGACUCUACCCUUACCCAAGCUUCUCGUUCUCUUGUCGGAGCAACGGAAGCUCAGUAUGGACGACAUCUGUAGGACCAUCCUACGUUGGGUGGAGGCGGAUCAGGAUACAAGACAGAUUUACUUGUCAGAGCUACUCACGUUUGUCUGCUUCCCUCUUCUAAGCUCAGUUUAUUUGUGCGAGCUUUUCACUUAUCACAGCCAUCCGUUCAAAGAAAUACUUUUUGAAAAAAUUAGGGAGGGUCUGACUUACCACUUACAUAGUGACGACAGCUUAAAGCAAAAGAUUCUGGCACGACAGUCGGUGUCUCUCAACUUAAAAGAAGUCAAGACCCGCGUCGUUAUGUUGGGAGGCUACACAGAAGUCGAGAAACCCACCCGAGACACCCACGCUUUCGAUUUAAAGAAGAAUGCUAUGAAGAUGUACAUUUUAGCAUCUCUGCCAGAAGACAUUGGACUCGACUUUGCAAGCUGCACGUGGAACAACGCAAUUUAUGUUAGCGGUGGUUCCCAAAUGAGAAACUUCUUCACCGUUUAUAAAGCAGAAGACAACGAGUGGGAGGUGCUGCCCUCUCUACCAGAUGAUGGACGAGAAAAGCAUGCAAUGGCUGCUGUCAAUUCCAAUAUCUAUGUUCUUGGUGGCCUUAUGAAAACCUCAACUGGUGAGAAAACAAUUUCAUUCAAUGUACUGCAGUUUAAAACAAGCACCAAAGAAUGGAGCAUCUUCUGUCAACUGCCUCUAGCUGUCCAGCAAUCUGCUGCGACAGUUUUGGGUCAUCGGAUUUACCUAUUUGGUGGGAUAAAUACUACAGGAGACGGUACAGAUAUAGUACAGUGCGUGGACACACUUAGUGGCUGCGUCUAUCAAACCGGAAAACUUCCUUCGCCCACUUACGGGGCGCGUGCACUGAGCAAUGGAGGACGUAUUUACGUCGUCAGACCUGAAGGGGAUGUGUUGUCCAUGACAGAGAGCUUCGCUUUGGCUGAACGCAUUGAAGAAUUAAUUUCUGAGCCGAUCCAAUCAACAGUCAGCUUUAAGGAGUUGGCCAAGCUCCCAAAGGUACGUCACUUCGGCGCCUACCUGAAUGCAGGGGAGAUAAUUGUGUGUGGUGGAGAGACAGAGGACCGACAGCUGCUGGACAGAUUUGAAUCCAUUUCAUUGGCAGAUGGCACUACAUCGACAAAAUCUUUGACUUUCAUUACGGGGGCAGCAAAGUUUGAUCUCCAUUUAUUAAACAUUCCACAGGCGUUCUUAAAAGAAGAAACAGCCGUGAUACAGCCAUUUCGUGUUGGGGACAAAGUGAUGCAUCAUGAGUAUAAUAAGUACGGUUCUAAAACUCGUUCCGAAAUUUGCUCCAUCACAGAAAUUGACUAUGACUCUAUGACAGCCACGAUCAAGUUGCCAGACUCUCGUAUCUUGAAUUAUAAUAUUACUGACCUGCAGCAUGCUUCCAUCUGAACAGCUGGAUUGAUUGCUGCUGCAUCAUCUGCUAUUCUGAGAGAACCUGGUAAUCUACUUCCGCUGCUGGUAUUUCUGCUCUCACUAAACUCAAAGAAAGACUCACUGGUGCGUCUUCGGGUGCUCACCAGUCUACUGCAAAUAUUUUGGGAACCGGAUUUUUAACUUAGCAGAACACCUCAUAUAUACAUAAACACACGCUCGUCUGAUGAAAGUCUUCCUGUCUCCAAAACAACAACAAAAAAUGGCCCUCUGAUUCCAACUAUCUUAGAACAGAUGUGGACAAUGUUGUUUGGACUAUUCCUGUCAUGGACAGACGGACUGCAGAACCAGCAUACAAACGAAAAAGAUAAAAGACUUUCAAUAAACCCCUGGUAGAAACGGCCUAAGAUUGAUUGACUAACUGAAAAACUACUUAGCUUGCACAGAAGUUACAUUCUUUGUUGGCAACAUUUAACAAUGUAUUUGGUGUUUAAAUUCCAUUUGAGCUGGCAAUCAAAAACUGUUCCCAUGUACCUGAAGAGUGAACAGUUUCAACAGACUAUGUAUCACACUGGGAGCAGCAAUACCAUCUUUGAUUUUCAUGAAGUCCUACUGGUAAUCGCUUUCCUACAUGUGAACAAUCUUAAACCCGUUUAACAUGUUAUAUAUGUAGUGUUAGAAGUGGGUGCUUGUUUGAGUAUGUGCAUACGACAAAAAAAAAAAAAAAAACCAAGGUUAAUAAGAAAACUUUUCAACGCUUCUAAGAUCCGGAGAGCGAUAUCUCUUAUCUCUCUUAGCCAAAGAAAAAUAUUUAUAAGGACGCGCACAAAUUUUUGAAGGCGAUAAUGAUAACAUAGUCCUAGUAAGGAAAGACACCACACAUUAAUAAUUCUGAUAGUAAUAAUAAGAUAAACCUCAUCUGUAUACACUAGUAGUCGUAUAGUUACAGCAUCUGUAUAAAAAAACAGCAAGCCAAACUUACUUUAAGAAACUCAGUGUAUAGAGCUAAAAAAAUUAAGUAAAUAAAUAAAAUAAAACCAGCUAGUUACCAUUAAUGAAUAUAACAAGUACGAAUUUUAAGACAUGAAUUAGUCAUUUCGUCCUGUCUAUAGAGUGUCUUGUAAUGUCGGACAUCACUGUGUUUCCUGUUAUUUUUGUGUAAAAUAUUUGCCAUAAAUUUACAUCAAAGCAUUUGUAAACAUUAUCGUGUAACUGAUUAUCAAAGACCGUGUAUAUUAAAACUGAUUUUAAUUUGCUGUAAUAAUCAAAACAAUAAAAUGUCAGACUCCUUGAA